AUGCUCUGCCGCGGUCUUAUAUUGAUGUUACUGGCGAAGGCAAAGAAGCGAGCAGAAAGGAAGAGUCAGCAAAGAACUUCUCCGAAAGCGACCAAGAACAAGUCCCCUAAAAGUAAAUUAAUGGAACAUGGGGAAGCUGACAACGGAACUGUCCACGCCACUCAACCCUCAACUGAGUGGGAGAAGUGCUCAACAACCGCGUCAUCUGCCGACGUAACCAGCACUUCAGUGGAGUGUCACGGGUUUCUCUUCCAUUGGUCAGUUCAUCUCAUACUGCAUCACACCUUGCCUUACUCUCCGUCUAUGUUCAAAUUUGUGAAGCCAUCGUCGAUGACUCUGACCCGUCGUCGUGUUGAUCUCCCUCCUAACUUA